UCCCUGACUCACUACCCGAACUAGUUAAAAAGGAAGCGUGCCAGAGCAAAGAGAAUGAAUGGGGCGUACAUGUGCUCAGCCAAUCAGCAACUCUCAUCCUGUCCUGUGCAGUCCAGCGCCGUGUCAAUUGUCGGCAGAGCUUGCAAUCAAGGCAGACAUGCCGUUUCUGGAGCUAGACACCAGCUUCCCCGAGAAAGACCUCCCCGAGGGCUUCGCUGAAAGCCUGUGCUCAGCUGCCGCCUCCAUCCUGGACAAACCCCGUGAAGUGAGUGAAUGCCAGGGGUCACAUCCUGCCCAGUCACUGUGGCAGCCAUAGGGCAGGAGUGGGCUGCCAUCAUGAUCCUUAUACUAAAUUGGGCUGAGUAGGAGAAAGAAGGUCAAAUACUGUAUUUAGAAAUCUGCAACCCGUUAGUGUCUGCCCAUUUUAUUUCACGUAAAUCCUGAUGAUAAUAUAACUCUGCAAUAUAGAGCUGUCAGACAGAUUUUGUAAAGCACAAGUAUAAUUGAUGGGUCUCAGGAUUAUGGGUCACUUUCCUUAGCUGAGCUGAUUUAAUAAACCAAAGUCUUGAGAUAAAUUAAAUAAUAUUGCACAAUAGUCCUCUCUGGCAGAACAUAUUAAAGGAUGUUAAUAUUAAAAGUAAUUAUUAUAUACACUGACUGAUACUCCUCACUUAUUCUAUAAAGUUUUUAAUUGGGUUUAAAAUGCCUUUCUAAUGUUUGUUGGAAUGAUCACUUCGAUCGCCAUAUCAUAUUUUGACUUGGAGUUUAGAUUUAGGCCUUUCUGUACUGACCUUUUUAGUAUUCAAACAAAACCACAAGUGGAUUUACUUCUGAAGAAAAUGCAGCAAAUAUGUAUACACAUUAUUUAGCAUUUUUGCAUAUUGCAUGCCUUGGCUGCUUACAUUUAUUGUCUUUGCAAAUAAUUUUUAAGUUGCCAGUUGUAUGUAUUUAUUUUUCCUGGCCAUAUCCAUGGCAGCACAACAUUGGGUAGCUCCUCCCUAUCCCCAUUGGACAGGAAUAAUUAUUAAGCCGUAUAAGUACCACCUCCUACCCCUCCUUCCCCAGUCUUUUUUUCCUGUCCUAUCCCUAGGACAUGUCGGUCUUUUUCAGACUAUUAGAUUUUCUUUAUGGCUUACCUGAGGAUUAGUUCCUCUAGCCCCUGGGGAGUUCACCCUCUCUCCCCUGGGAAGUCUCCAGUAUACGGCCCUGCGCAAAGGUGUCCCCCUGGAGAAAACCCCUUUAGUGACCGGGGGUUUUACCUUCCUGUAAUUCUUGCAAUAAUGCAAGUGGAAUAGCAUGGAAUUAUGGCUGGUUUCCGCACUUGGAUUUUCCCUCCCAGAAUCAAGGUAAUGACUCCAUGAAUUGGUUCCUACCUGUAAGAUUAUUCUUCUGAAGAUACAGAGGUAAUUGAAACUGUAAUCUCUCUGUGCUGGGGUUCCCCCUCAGAAGCUGCAGUGUCUGCGCGGCGUUUGGGAGCUCCUAUGCGGCGUUCGGGAGUUCCAGGGCGCCUGCGUGGCGUUCAGGAAAUUUCUGUGCGCCUGCGCGGCGUUCGGGAGUCUCAUGGGCGCCUGCUCGGCAUUCGUGGGCUCCCGGACGCAUGCGCAGCGUCCGGUUGUUUCUGAGCGUUCGCGCGGCUGUGUUUGAAUAAGCGCGAACGCGAUUAACGAAUUAGCACGUUCGCGCGCAAAAUCCAUUCAUUUGGGCCGUUCGCGCGUUUUCUCGCUAAUUCGCGCAUGCGCGAUGACGUCAGAUGCCCUUCUUAAAGCGCCAGACCUCCUUUUUCGGGGUAGGUUGAGUUUCUUCCUCCAGGAAAGUUUUUUUCUGCACCAUUCUGUUGGUUCUUUGCCUUUCCAGGUUCCUUUUUCCUUCUCAAGCAUCGAAGUAAGUUUUUCUCCUAUUUUAUUUCUUAUAUUUUUAUAUAUAUUUCUUCUUGGUAUUAGUUUCGCUGUUCCAUCUAUUCCUUAUAGAUGGAUUCUCGCUCAGGAUCCAGAAUGGUUUACUUAGGAGCUCACUUCGACACUCUAAAGGGCACUGUCCAACUUUCAUCAGCAAGAAUACAGAAACUCAAGAUGUUAUUGAAAAGAAUGCUGAUAUCCAGGGUGGCCCCGGCAAAGGCCAUAAUGAGCCUCCUGGGUUCCAUGUCCUCCACAAUAGGACUGACCAGAUGGGCACAGUGGAGAAUGAGACCAUUCCAAGCCAAUUUCCUGAGACAGUUCUCCUCCGGGAACCUGCGCCAACCCAUCAAACUUUCCCUGAAUGUACGCCAUUCUCUAAUCUGGUGGCUAAACAGGGAGCACCUAUCAAAGGGUUUUCCACUAGGAGAUAUCGCGUGGAUAACUGUGACAACGGAUGCCAGCCAAUGGGGAUGGGGCGCUCAUUGUCUCCACGACUUUGCGCAGGAAGAAUGGAGUUUCAGGGCAAACAAUGUUCAUUCCAAUUGCCUAGAGCUUCUGGCUGUCCUCAAAGCAUUGAAACACUUCUCGAAUCAUCUCAAGGGGCAAUGGGUGAAGAUAAGGACGGACAACUCCACUGUGGUAUCCUAUGUCAAUCACCAAGGGGGUACCAGGAGCUGCAAGAUGAUGGAAAUCAUGAAUCACCUGAUGUGGUGGACUCAGAGAAACCUGGCGGGCCUUACUGCCAUCCAUCUACCAGGGAAACGGAAUCAUCUGGCGGAUUUUCUCAGCAGAUCCAGGAUAGAUCCGGGGGAAUGGUGCCUCUCGGACAGAGUAUUCCGCUUGAUUGUGGACAAAUGGGGUCUCCCUCAAGUAGACCUUCUAGCCACUCGGGCCAACAGGAAAGUAAAGCUUUUCUUCACGAAAGAAGACGACCACCUAGCACUGGGGAGGGAUGCUUUAUCAAGCCCCUGGAGGUUCAGGAUGGGCUAUGCUUUUCCCCCAUUUCCACUAAUUCUCCCGCUCCUGAGGAAGAUGAGAACAGAGCAGGUGUCUCUCAUCCUGAUUGCACCUUAUUGGCCUCGAAGACCUUGGUUUCCUCUGCUUCAAAGUCUUUUGGUGGAACCUCCUCUCCCACUCCCCAGAACUCCGGAUCUUCUGUUCCAAGGUCCUGUGUUUCAUCCAAAUCCGGUCUCUCUCAAUCUCAUGGCUUGGAGACUGAAAGGAACCGGCUUUUGAGUAAAGGAUUCUCCCAGGACGUUAUAGGCACUAUGCUGAAGGCACGUAAGCAUUCCACUUCGGCCACUUAUUAUAGAGUGUGGGAAGUUUUCUCUGACUGGGCCCUUCACAGGAACAUUAAUAUUCAAGAUCCUUCCUCCUCUAAUAUUUUGGAGUUUCUGCAGUCUGGGCUUGCUAAAGGGCUGAGCUAUAACACUCUCAAGGUGCACGUCUCAGCCUUGUCCGCUCUAACCAAUCAUCGAUGGGCACUGGACGCGGAUGUCAUCAGAUUCAUCAAAGGAGUCCUUCAGAUAAAACCUCCUAUUAAACCAUUUGUUCCAUCUUGGAAUCUCCCUUUGGUCUUGAAUGCCUUAAAGUUGGAACCUUUUGAACCGUUUGAGGCAGUUCCUCUUCAUGCUCUCUCUAUUAAGACUGCUUUGCUGAUUGCCCUAGCUUCCGGCAGGAGGGUUUCUGAGCUCCACGCUCUAUCCAUUAAAGAGCCUUUUACGGUCUUUCACAAAGACAGAGUUGUCCUCCGUACGGUUCCCGAAUUUCGACCUAAAGUCACCUCCUCCUUUCACAUCAACGAGGAUAUUGUUCUUCCAUCUCUGAGGUCUGACUCCCUAGAAAUGGAGAAUUCUACUAACCUAUCUUCUCUGGAUCUAGUAAGAUGCCUCCAGAUAUAUAUUAAUAGGACUUCUGCUUGGCGUACUUCUCACAGUCUUUUCGUCCUUCAUGGCGGCUGUAAAAAGGGCUCACAAGCUCCCAAAUCUACCAUUAGCAGGUGGAUAGUAGCAGCUAUUAUUCUGGCUUAUCAAUCUGCUGGAUAUCCGGUCCCUGUGGGUCUUAAAGCCCAUUCCACGAGGGCUCUCAUCUUCCUGGGCAGCUGCUGCUAAUGUUUCUCCUGAACUCAUUUGUAAAGCAGCUACAUGGUCUUCCUCUAACACUUUCAUUAAAAGCUACCAAAUUGAUGUUAGAGCAGGUAUAUCUGAUCAAUUUGCUAAAUCAGUUCUGUCUGUAUCCGAUACCUGAUUUCUAUUUUUUCACCUGUUGUGGUGUUAAUUCACUUUGCAUUCAAAAUUUUUGGAGUCUGUGUCUCUUUCCCUCCCUGGUUUAUUGCUUGGGUAUUACCCAAUGUUGUGCUGCCAUGGAUAUGGCCAGGAAAAUGGAAAAUUUAUUCAUACUUACCGUAAUUUUCUUUUCCUGGUCAUAUGCCAUGGCAGCACAAGGGUCCCACCUGGGGCUAUUGCUGGAAAACAUGACUGGGGAAGGAGGGGUAGGAGGUGGUACUUAUACGGCUUAAUAAUUAUUCCUGUCCAAUGGGGAUAGGGAGGAGCUACCCAAUGUUGUGCUGCCAUGGCAUAUGACCAGGAAAAGAAAAUUACGGUAAGUAUGAAUAAAUUUUCCAUUAUAACAGAAGGCUGGUGAUAAGAGUCCUCAUGUGGGAAAUAGUUAUGCCGAAUUUGAUUUGCAAUUCUAGAAUAGAUUCUAAUUUAAAAUUUGUUGUAAAGUAAUUUGUAUUAAUGUUUCCUUUUCAUUUGUUGAAACAAAUAUUUUUAUGUACAUUGGCUGUUGUACAUUUGAUAUGUUUGUCUCCGUGUUCAUGUGAUUCCCAUUUUACAGUAAAUGAUUGAUUAAAUGCCGUGUUGAUUUUCCUGUUCUGUAAACUAACCUGUUUAUGUUCCCAGAGGGUGCUUAUCGUCAUAAGAAGUGGACUAACCAUGUUGAUGGGAGGAUCAUUUGCACCCUUUGUCCUGCUAAAUGUUUCUGCUAUUGGAGUGCUGGGGACAGCAGAACAGAACAAGGAGCACAGUGCCAAGUUGUUUGAUUUCCUGACGAAAGAGCUGAGCUUAGAACCAGACAGGUACUACAGCAAGGCAAUAUGCAGAUCUUAAACUGAACAAAAAAAGCAGAUUUGGAAAUAAUUCUAGUUUCAUUCAGCAUCAGAAUAUAUAUAAAAUGACCACUCUGGGCACCAUAACCGCUUCAUCGCAAUGGUGCCAGGAGGUCUCUGGAGUUGUUUAUCUUAAUGAGAUAUUUACAAAUAGUUUAAACUUGCAGAUGACACCCAUCCAUUCUACCUAGCAAAUAAAGGGCACCAGCAGAUAAAGGGGAAUUUUGAGUAUCCACUAAAGUUGCAGAGUAAAGUGGAAUUUACUCACUUUAUUGUAAAGUAGAUGUUCCUCCAAGAAUGUUUGUUUAAUUUCCCUACUGUUUUAUCAUGUUUAUUAGUGAAAAGCUACUGUUUUAUAUCAAGUACAAGAAUUUAUAAUCUCUGAAUUCUAUCACUUUCUCCUACAGGAUUCGAAUAAGAUUUCUUCCCGUGGAACCCUGGCAAAUUGGCGUCAAAGGAACUGUUAUGACCUAUUUGUAAUAAGUAAUGGAGGAAGACCAAUGACCAUUCAGGAAAUGCUGCGUCUGCUUUUGUCUGUCUGAGAUGUUGGUAAAUGAUUGCUUCUAACACAGAACUGGCUCAAAUGAUGGAUAUUUACUUAUAAUGCACAUUCCAUGCUGUCUUUAAGAAAUAAAAUGGUGCUCUGCCAAUACCGACUACAGCAUAUUUGUAAAAA